UUCAUAUCCCACUCCUGCCCCAUUUCCUUACUUCCUGCCCCAUUUCCUUACUCUCCAUUUCCUCGACGCCCCAUUUCCUUGCACGUCUUGUGUUGCCUUCUUCCAAGUACGCAGCCUCCGCCUCCUUCUCGUCGCUAACGAUCCUCCGCCCCCACCCUGCCUCCACCUCCUUCCCGCCAUUGACGAUCCUCUGCCAUCCUCCGCCCCCACCCUGCCUCCACCGCCUUCCCGUCACUGACGAUCCUCUGCCAUCCUCCGCACCACCUCCUUCCCGUCGCUGACGAUCCUCCACCCCCGCCCUGCAUCCGCCUCCUUCCAGAAUUUCAUGAUUUGGGGUCUGACAAUGAUGGAGUGGAGUGCUAACACAUGGUUGUGCUGCGGCUGAAAGCGCUUGCAUUUUCAGAUAAUUUACUUAAAGAGUCUGUGGAUCAUCAAUUCCAAGAUAAAUCUAAAGGACCACAACCAAUAGAAGUCUACGAGAAGGCAUUUCGUUGACCGUGGCAAGAGUGUUGCACCCAUUGCGGAUUGCCGAGACACCUCCCGUUUACUUAUUUCUGUUCCUUUAGAGAUGAUCUGGAGAUCAUAUCGGCAGUUGGAGCUCACAUUUCUUCUUAUCUAUGCUGUAGCUUUUUAUGUAUUUGUGAUUCACCGAUCGGUCCAUUUCUCCAAUUAUUACCGUGGCGAACUCUCAGGUCUCUACCAUGGAUGGAUACAUGAUCAUCUGAAUGAUUUAUCUGAUGCACAAUGGAGAAAUUUCCGCAGAAAUUUGCCUAUUCUUUCUGUUGUUUUGGCAUUUUUUACAAUCAUAGCAAAUAUCUUAAGGUAUUGGGCAGACCUAAAAGGGAGAGGAAUGUCUUUUGUAUGGAUAUUGACAUCAUUGAGUUAUUUAGCUUAUUUACAUGGAGCAUGUGUUGUUUAUAUUCUUUCAAUUGCCUCCCUAAACUUUUGCUUGGCGAAGUUUUUUGCUAAAUCCAAGUAUUACUUGGGAAUCCUUUGGCUACUAAACUUGUCCAUUCUCAUCCUAAAUCGUGUCUUUGAUGGCUACUCCUUUUCAUUGUUUGGGCAACAAUUAGCCUUUUUGGACAACUACAGAGGUAUAUUUAGGUGGCAUAUCUGCUUUAAUCUAGUUAUACUACGGAUAAUCAGCUAUGGAUGCGACUAUCAUUGGUCGUACAAGAAUCCUCAAUUUGAUCAAGAGAAACAUAGUCGCCGUUGCAAUAUAUGCUCUACUGGCCAGGCAUGCUAUUUUUCCUUGCAGGAGAGAAGCAUCCAGUCAAACAAGUAUUCAUAUAGUAUGUACUUAUGCUAUUUGAUAUACACACCGCUAUAUAUUGCUGGACCAAUUGUAAGCUUCAAUGCCUUCUCUGCGCAGAUGGAUAUGCCACAGAAGAACUACUCGCUUGGCCAAAUAACUUGGUAUGGCAUAAAAUGGAUUCUUGCCCUUUUCCUUAUGGAAGCAAUGACACAUCAUCUAUAUUACAAUGCUUUUGCAGUUAGUGGAUCUUGGAGGCAUUUAUCCCCAUUGGACAUCCUUAUCAUAGGUUAUGGGGUUGUAAACUUUAUGUGGCUGAAAUUCUUUCUGAUUUGGCGUUAUUUUAGGUUUUGGUCACUGAUGGCAGGCAUUGAGACUCCUGAGAAUAUGCCUAGGUGUCUCAACAAUUGUUACGACUUGGAAACCUUUUGGAAAAGCUGGCACUCGUCUUACAACAAAUGGAUCGUCAGAUACAUGUAUAUUCCUCUGGGUGGUUCUCAUCGGAAGCUACUCAAUGUGUGGGUUAUUUUCACAUUUGUAGCAUUAUGGCAUGAUCUAGAAUGGUACAAAGUGUUCUUGGGGUGUGUAUUAAACGAGAAUUAAAGGCUAUUGGAGGAGCGGUCACAAUUUCAUGCCUAAUGGUAUAUUUUAUCCUUUUUCUUAGAUAACUAACUUUAUUAUGCUUUCCAUUCAGGUGAAGCUUGAAACUCUAGCUCAACAUCAGAAGGUUUCAUAGCACAAUUUCUCUUUUGAUGCUAUACUUGCAACACAUAACUCAUUUUAAGGGAAACCAGUUAAAUCUUGUGAUUUUUGAGUUUGAUAUGUGGUUAUUUGAUAGUUGCUUAGUUUUAUUAGUUCUUUUAACACGCUCGGUAUCUAGUGAAGUUGCAAUAUACCCUUUGUUCCUAUUGUGGUCGGCAAUCUAAGUGAAGCUUUUACAGUAUCACAACUAUUCAAUUUUCAUGAUGUUUUUUCACACUUUUCUAAGUGAAUCACUUAAAAUGCCCCUUAUAUGCGACUGUAUGUAAGUUAAAUUUGUGAAGUUGGCAGGGUCACCUGAGAACUGAGAUACAUCUCGAUAAUAGAUUCCUUGUUUGUGCCUUUCUUUUUCUAAAACUGACGCUUUUUAAACUUCUUUUUAUUUAUGGUGUUACCUUAUCUUCUGAUUAUGUUGCUCUCAGAAUUCCUCAUUGUUUGGUGUGCAUUUAUUCCAUUUUAUCAUUAUGAACCUUGCUCCAUAAUGUAAGUGCUGGGUAUUGUUUCUUUGACUU